AUGGAUUCCGAUUUAUACCGAACAGAUCCGCCAUGGAUUUCGACUGUGCACACUACGCUCUUACUGAAGGCCGGAAACUUGGCAGCUCCUGUGGAAGAAUGGACUAUCGGUGGAACUGCUCUGAUGGCUGUAGAGAGGAUACAUGGUGCUCCAUUUAAGAAAUUCUCAUCGCUGCGUCAGGAAUGGGCAUUGAAGAACAGAUACAUCCCAGGUCCGAUCCAGUUCACGGGACCUCUACUUCUCGAACUCGGAGCUCAAUAG